GUAGGAAACAAUACAGGGAGCCACUAACAAAUAUCCAAUCUCGAACAACUAUAACUAUAGAUUCUACCAUCCAAAAGGUCUCUCGAUUCUUCCAAAGCCUCUUCUUCUUCUCGAUCCAAUCCAAUUCGAGUUCGAAGUGAACACCUGAGUUAUCCUUGUUACGUGCACCUCGGCAACGUCAUCAUCAUGACGGUCAAUGGUUUAGGCAAUGGGAAUGGGAAUACACUUCAAUUGGAGUCAACCCAGAAAACAGCAGCUACAUGCGUUAAAAAGCCAAUGGUAUCCUUGCGCCUGACGAGGAUCCCGCACAAAACCACGAUCCGAGAUGUCUGGAAUUGGUUUGCACAUUACGGCAGCAUCACUUGGAUAGAGGUGUUUGACAAAAGACCCGAUAAAAUAACAGCUGAGGCCAAGAUUAUAUUUGAGCCCCCUCCAAGUGAUCCUUUUUGGGGUCCUGGGAAGUGCGUAUCAGUCACCGCGGCCAAUGGCAAAUGCUUCCGUAUUGGUGUUGAUCUGUUCCAUCACCACAGUACAAUCAACCAAGGAACAAAGAGGGCCUAUCCGUCAGCCGUGGUGUUCAAUCCCAAGCUCCUACAGUUUGGUAGCUUAGUAGGUCGGGACGAAAUGUUUGUUGCCAAGAGUAUUGCGCCAAAGGAACCACAUCAUCUCAUUGUCGAGUUGGAUACAUUUGCACGCUCUCUCACCGUAUGGUUCAACAUUACCCAAGAAAUCAACAAACAGAAGCGAGUACGAUAUUACAGAGCCAGCAUACCUAUUACUUCGAUCCAGGCAGUGUACGAAUCGACGACCGAUGCCGGUAUUGCUCUCGUGUUGCCCCUCCCACAUCCUCCAAAGUACUACUACAAGGAUGACGAAGCCGUAUUGGAAACGCAGGGAACUAGGCAAAUGUGGAAUUCGUGGGUGCGAACAACAGAUAUAUGCGACGACAGGUCUUUGUUACAGCAACUGCCCAUCUCUACCUACACGAAUCUACCCGAUUCUAGCUUCUUUGACGCAGGACGUAUGAAGACGAUCCGACUGGUUCUGCCGGCCGACAGUCAAAUCGCAGAGCUUAUGGAUUUCAAACUCGUCUUGAGAGACUUGAACGUCUUGUGCAUAUCAAGGAAGAAUGUUGAUAUCUGUCACCGGUCGACAAUGUGGGAGUUUUUGGACGAACAGAUCUCUUUGGCACCUAGGCCGUCUAUUCAUCUCAUCUCACAGCUAUUUCUGCGACUAAUACAUCUCGAUUUUCAAGUGAGAUAUCUUUUGGAAGUCUGUGUAUGCAGAGGAUAUUUCAAUGAGUAUAGCGUGGGCACCACUUUCCUGACGCAGCUGUCGUCUCUGGAUAUGGAAGAGGCAACACGCCUUCUGGAUUAUGUUGUCACAAAGGGUUCCCAGUUCGUCGAUCCCCUAAAGAUAUUUGAGAUUGACGUUUCAUCACAUACAUCUCUCAUUGCUAAACCACCAAAGUACUGCGCCAUUGUACAAAAAGUACAUGUUACGCCAACAGGAUUGCGGCUCAAUCCACCCAACGUGGAGAGCUCAAACCGCGUGUUGCGCAGAUAUGACAACAUCAGCGAUAGAUUCAUGCGAGUACAGUUUUUGGAAGAAACUGAAAAACAGCGGAUUGGUAGAGACCUAGGCUCUUUGAAGGAUAUAUGGAAGCGCGUGAAGAGGGCACUAGACCAGGGCAUCCGAAUCGGUGAUCGAACGUACGAGUUCCUCGUUUUUGGCUCCUCGCAGAUUAAAGAGGCCAGUGCUGUAUUUUUCUGUUCUACUUCACACGUAUCCUGCAACGAUAUUCGACAGUGGAUGGGCUCCUUUGACCACAUUCGCAACGUUGCGAAAUACGGAGCACGACUUGGUCAGUGUUUCUCGACAAGUCGCGAGAUUCAAGGCCUGUCUGUACCACAGAUUCUUGAAGAAUGUGACAUUGAAAACGACGAAUACUGCUUUACGGACGGUGUAGGCAUAAUCUCACCGUUUCUUGCUCGCUGUAUUGCCAGUGAUCUCGGGUUUGACGACCGGGGAGUUCCAUCUGCUUUUCAGAUUCGAAUGGGCGGUGUCAAGGGUGUUCUUGCGGCUUGGCCUAAGGCAAAGAAGAUGGAGGUACAUAUUCGAAACUCACAAGUCAAGUUUAAAGCUCCAUUCAAUCGUCUGGAAGUCCUCCGAUGCUCGGGAUACAGCACGGCGACUCUCAAUCGCCAGACGAUUGUGAUUUUGGAGAAUCUCGGCGUCAAGAAAGAAACGUUUCUUGAUAUCCUCACAGAAAACAUCUCCCUCUAUGAUGCCGCUAUAGAGGAUAUGGGCUCUGCCUUGCCACUAUUGACCAAAUUUGUCGACGAGACUCAAUCCUCUCUGGUUGUCGCGGAGAUGUUGAAUGGGGGUUUUGAGAAAGAUCCAUUUGUGAUUAAUUUGAUAAAGCUAUGGCGAACGUGGAACCUCAAGCACCUUCGAGAAAAGGCUCGCGUGCAUAUUGAACAGAGCGCCUUUGUCCUCGGUGUGGUUGACGAAACCGGAACCUUGCGCGGACACUCAAAGGAUACCGAGGGCAGCAGGUCCAAAGAUGUCUCGAAGCUCCCCCAGAUCUUUCUACAAAUGACCGACAUUGUGAACCCAUCAAAGGCAACGACUAUUCUAAAAGGAGUCUGUGUGGUAGGACGAAACCCAUCGCUGCAUGUCGGCGAUGUUCGCAUCGUUGAGGCAGUUGACAACCCAGCGCUACAUCACUUGCGAGAUGUGGUUGUAUUCCCAUCCAUCGGUGAUCAGGAUAUUCCCAGCAUGCUCUCAGGCGGAGAUUUGGAUGGUGACGACUACUUUGUCAUCUGGGAUCCGCGGUUGAUUCCGAAGGAAUGGAACUUUCCGCCAAUGAACUACCAACCUGCGCCACCCAAACAGUUAGCCCGUCCGGUCACGAACGAUGACUUGAAGGAAUUCUUUGUCGAGUUUCUCAUGAAUGACCGUCUCGGACUCAUUGCACAUGCCCAUCUAUGCUGGGCAGACCGGGAACGUGAAGGAGCAAAGUCUCAAAAAUGUCUCAAAUUGGCAGUAUUACACUCCAUCGCUGUGGACUAUCAGAAGAACGGUACUGCUGCGCAACUGGAUGAACACUUGUUACCUCGACAGUGGCCACACUUUAUGGAGAAGAGGAACUCGUAUCGAUCGCAAAAGGCCCUCGGGCUUAUAUACGACAAGAUUGCGGACAAAAAGGUGGAAUUUAUACCAGAGCGAUCUGACAACUUUGAUAAGAGGGUUCUUGACGCUGCUGGGAAUGAUGAGGCAGUCUUGCGAGAAAUAUCCGUUCUCAAGGGCCAAUAUGACGUUGCAAUCCGACGGCUAAUGGCACAGAGACAUAUUGAGACAGAGUUUGAAGUCUUUACCGGCUGGGCAAUGUCCAAACCAGCCGUAGGCACUGAUUAUAAACGACAAGAAGAUCUUGGGCGAGACUUUGGCGCACUAAGAGACACAUUUCGCGGUCGUUGCCAAGACGCAGCGAUGCAACUUGGUUGGGACCUGGGGAGGUUUGUGGCAGCCAUGUACAAAGUCACACAUGAUCAGGUUUCUGAUUAUCUGGAAUCUCUGGACGGUAAAGAGGCGACAAAAACUGCUGGUGAGUCACCAGAAUCGGAACUUGACGUGGACACUGAUCAUGAGGUCCUUGCAUACCUUGGGCCGCCCCUGACAAGCUUCCCAUGGAUAUUUCAUGUUGAGAUGGGACGGGUUGUCAAUGGUAUUCACUAUACACCACUCAAGAGCACACUCAAAUCUGUGCAGAGGCAGAAGACGGCCGCAGCCUAG